AUGCCGUUAACUAACCAUUUUACCGGUUCGUCGCUGCUGGAAGAUGAGGCGGUGGUGCUGAAGGACUACGUCGUUGGCCAGCGUCUUGGCGAAGGCAGCUACGGUUCCGUCUACCUCGCGACAUAUAUCCCGUCUGGCGUGCGCUUCGCACUGAAGAUCCUGCAGAAUGACUGCUUCAUUGGCCGUGAGUCGAAGAUUAUACAGGAAGCAACUGUCAUGCAAUCUCUCGAGCAUCCACAUGUGGUGAAGAUGUACAAAUUCCUGCAGAGCACCUCGUCCUUUUACUUUGUAUUGGAGUUGGCGGAGAAGGGCGAGUUGUUUGACCUUGUCAUCUCCGAAAAUUACUUUUUGGAGGUGAAUGCCCGACGGUAUUUUCAGCAACUUAUCUCUGCCAUUGAUUAUUGCCACAGUAAAGGUGUGGCUCAUGGGGACCUGAAGGCAGAGAACCUUCUGCUCGGGGAGAAUAACAAUUUGCUUGUAUGUGACUUUGGAUUUUCCAGCAGACCGCAACUUGUGGGGUUUGAUGACGAUGAUAAAAGUGAUAAUUCGGAGAUACUGCAACCCAUUGGAACGCUGCACUACACCUCCCCUGAGAUGGCCCUACGGCAAAAGACUCCUGCCUCACGAGAUCCCUUUCUGCAGGAUUUAUGGAGUGCGGGGAUCAUUCUGUUUUUUAUGCUCACUGGCCGUUUGCCGUUUGACGGCCGUGACGAUGAGGAGACAUUGCAUCUUAUUCAAACUGGGGAAUUUAGCUUUGAGGAGGAGGAGCAAAAGCGUCUCUCGGAGAGUGCCAAGUCCAUUUUGGUACGGAUGCUGGCACUCGAGCCAACCGAUCGCCCGACGCUGCAGCAAAUCAUUGAGGAUGAGUGGUUUGGGGAAAAUUUGGAUGCUGCCCUUUUUCCUCACCGCCAUUCCCUGAAGCGGUCGUCGGUCUUCCUUGACUUCUCCACUCAACAUCACGUGACCCCGGAGGAGGAGGCCGUAUUGGAGGUCGCUUUUCGCAAAAUAGACAUUGAUGGUUACGGAAGGAUCACGAGGGAUGAAGUUCGGGAUAUGCUUGCGACGUUGCGUGGAGAGAGGGUAGGGGCGGAGGACGUCUCGGAGCUUAUCCAACUUUUCACCGGCAAUGCGGGUAGUGCAUUCAUCACAUACAAGCAGUUUCGUGACACGUGGGUGAAAAAGGAUCUUGCCCACCGCCCCUUCCGGCGUCGGAAUGAUUUUCAGUUGUCAAAAAUUAUAGGCACACAGAUGGAUAUGGUGGAACGGGAGGUGGUACGACAGCUGCGGCUGGCAUUCGACAGCGUGGAUGACCUUCACACCGGCGCCAUCAGUGUGGAUCAGUGGAAGCGACUUUUUAAACGCUGUGAGAUUAAAGUGACGGAGGAGGAGAUAUAUAGUCUUAUGCGCUUCUUUGAUGAACGGGAUCCGUCUUCUGGAAAUGAGAUUACAUUUGAUAAAUUUCUCAUGGGUGUUGUUAAGCGGGAAAUGCUUGUACGACACCCGAUGGGACCAAAACUUGCGGCCGCCACAAAUUUGGCAGCAUUGCUGCAAUCGCGUAAAGUUUCCGAAUGCGUGAAUCAUGGAUUUUUUGUUGUUGGAUUACAAAACGCCGUUGUAGAAAAGUUAAAAAACUGUCGAGAACGCCUUAUGUUCAUGUACAAUGAUGACAUUGCGUCUGAUACGGAGAAUGUAUACUCCUUUCGAUAUCUUGGCUCCGCCGCGUUGCUCGCCGGUACCACAAUGGAGAGUGCAGGGCCAAUGUUGGCAUCUUCCUCCGGCCCGCCGUCCGCGGCGCUGGGAUUAUGUACUUCGGGGGACUUUGCUCUGAGCUCUUCCUUGGGCCGUGGCUUUGGUCAAUCCUCGGUGUCGGAGUCGUUGCUUAACAAUCAUAGCAUCAGUCUCAACAAUGGGACGUUGAAGGGUAAUGAGUUGUUAAAACAUACCAUGAGUUCCUCCACACAGGCGGCGGUUUCACAGACGCAUCGAGCUCUUGCGUUUGGUGGCACAGGUGCUGUAAAUCAGGUGAAUGGUGUUUGCGAUGUAGAUGUUAUAUUGGCACCAGCGAGUUUGGGUUACACACUUGUGCGCUUUCGUCGUAUUUACGGCAAAACACGUGAUUUUCAUGAGGCGGUGGCAUUUAUUUCUAGCUUACUGGAGGUGGAAAGACAGCAGGCAAUGGAAGAUACACUACCGCGCGGAGAAAGCGAACUGCUAUGA